AUGGCCGCCCCACUGUAUCUUCCCUACACGGCCGUGGACGGGCCACGCAGCCCGACAAGGGAAAUUGACGAGCCGGAAUACGAAUAUGAUAACACACUCGAGCUCGGCACCAUCUCCCACAUCGCCACAAACCUCCAGUCACGGCAUGGGACGCUGGAAGGUGACGGACUGCAGAAGUCGGACCCGCGGCUGGACCCUUCGAAGCCCGACUUCGACCACUAUCGCUGGGCACAGACGGUACUGCAGACUCUGAAUCGCCAGGGUAUCCAGAUUCCCGAGCAGGGCGUGGCAUUCUCGGACCUCUGCGUGUCUGGCUCCGGCGCCUCACUCCGGUUCCAGCAGACAGUGGCCACCACGCUCCUUACUCCGCUCCGUAUGCUGGCCAGUGUCCUUCCGGGCCGGCGCCGUGCCAUACACCGCACGCGUAUCUUGCGCGACUUCGACGGUACACUGGAGAGCGGUGAGCUGCUCCUUGUCCUUGGCCGCCCCGGAAGUGGGUGCUCGACAUUUCUCAAAUCCAUAUGUGGUCACUUGGGCGGGCUAACCAUGGAGCCCAGCAGCAACGUGCAGUUCCGUGGUGUCAGCUACCAACACAUGUUCCAGCACUACCGUGGAGAGGUGGCCUACAACCAGGAGAUUGACGAGCACUUCCCGCAUCUGACAGUGGGUGAGACGCUGUCCUUUGCAGCCUCGGCCCGUGCUCCCCAAAAACGUCCGUCUGGCGUUACGCGGGAAGAUUACGUCGAGACCAUUGUUAAGGUGGUCAUGGCCGUGUUUGGCCUGUCGCACACGAUCAACACCAAAGUGGGGAACAAUUUCGUGCGCGGUGUCAGCGGUGGCGAGCGCAAGCGCGUCAGUAUCGCCGAGAUGUUCCUGUCUCGUACUCGCAUCGGCGCCUGGGAUAACAGCACGCGCGGUCUGGACUCUGCGUCGGCACUGCAGUUUGUCAAGUCGCUUCGGCUAUCGGCAGACCUCGGCAACACCUGUCACGCGGUGGCAGCGUACCAGGCGUCGCAGCCCAUGUACGACGAAUUCGACAAGGUGGUGCUGCUGUAUGAGGGCCACGAGAUCUACUACGGGUCGUGCGACCGAGCGGUCGAGUAUUUUGUCGACAUGGGCUGGCACCGCAACCCGCAGCAGGUCUCCCCCGAUUUUCUCACGGCCAUCACCAACCCAGCCGAACGCAAGCCGCGUGGGGGUAUGGCGACAAAAGUGCCUCGCACAGCCGCCGAGUUUGCUGAGGUUUGGAAGAGCAGCCCCGAGCGCCGGACCGUGCUUCAGGAGGUCGCCGCACAUCACCAAGAGUACCCCGUAGACGGUGAGGGCUCACAAGCCUUCCACGAGAACCACAAGGAGCAGCAAGCCCGACACACGCGUCCUGCCAGUCCCUACCUGUUGUCUGUGUGGAUGCAGAUCCGUCUGUGUGUGAAACGUGCCUUCCAGCGCAUGCGCAACGAUCUGCCGGCGACGCUCACCACCGUUGUCAUCCAGAUUGUCCUGGCACUCAUUAUUGGCUCUGUCUUUUACAAUUCGCCCAAUGACACAAGCUCCUUCUUCCAGAAGGGCGCCGUCCUCUUCUUUGCUGUGUUAAUGAACGCGCUCAUCACAGUGAACGAGAUCCUGCAGCUCUACGACCAGCGACCGAUUGUGCAAAAGCAGCUCCGGUACGCAUUUGUGCAUCCUUACACAGAGUCUAUCGCAGGUGUAAUUAGCGACGCGCCCAUCAAGCUGUUUCGCUGCUCCAUGUUCAGCAUCAUCCUUUACUUCAUGGCCAACCUUCGCCGGGAACCCGGUCCGUUCUUCAUAUUCUACCUGUUUCUCACCAUUGCCAUAUUCACCAUGUCCGGCAUAUUCCGCAGCCUAGCGGCGGCUACAAAGUCAGUUGGCCAGGCCAUGGGUUUGGCAGGCAUCGUGGUCAUCACCAUCAUGAUCUACACUGGUUUCACGCUCCCACAGACGUACAUGCACCCCUGGUUCUCCUGGCUGCGCUGGCUCAACCCCAUCUACUACGCCUUCGAGGCCCUCAUGAGCAACGAGUUCCACGGACGGUCAUUCCCCUGUACCCAGACGGCGCUUGUCCCAGUAUACGGCACUGGUGACGCGUUCAUCUGUGGUGCUGUGGGGGCCGUGCCUGGCCAGAGAGAAGUGUCUGGCGAUCGAUUCCUGGAGCUCAACUACGGGUACACAUACUCGCAUGUCUGGCGCAAUCUUGGUAUUAUGAUCGGAUUCCUGAUCGCCUUCCACGUGUUUUUUAUGAUUGCAACAGAACUAAACAAGAGUGACGAAUCAAAGGCGGAGGCGCUUGUUUUCCGUCCCGGCCACGCUCCAGCAGCACUCCGUGGCCAUCACACCGGCAAUGAUGCCGAGUCCGUCGCGCCGGACCGGCCCAAUGUCCUGGCGGCGAGCACCGAAUCCCCAACUGUCAACCGCGACCAUCUGUCCGUGCAAAAAGAUAUUCUUAUGUGGAAGGGCCUUCAGUAUGACAUUCCCGUCAAGGAGGGCACUCGACGGCUAUUGGACGAUGUCAACGGGUGGGUCAAGCCUGGAACCCUAACAGCGUUGAUGGGUGUCUCGGGUGCAGGCAAGACAACCCUCUUGGAUGUGUUGGCACAGCGAGUGUCUAUUGGUGUCGUGCGAGGCGACAUUCUGAUCAACGGCAAGAUCCCCACUUCAAACUUUCCUCGUCGGACGGGAUAUGUUCAACAACAGGAUCUUCAUCUGGAGACCACGACCGUACGCGAGGCACUCCGUUUCAGCGCUGUCUUGCGCCAGCCACGCUCCGUUACCGAGGCCGAGAAGUUUGCAUGUGUCGAAGACGUAAUCCAAAUGCUCGCCAUGGAGGACUUUGCCGAGGCGGUUGUGGGCUCCUUGGGCGAGGGCUUAAACGUCGAGCAGCGCAAACUACUCAGCAUCGGUGUUGAGCUAGCAGCAAAGCCCACCCUCUUGAUCUUCCUGGAUGAGCCCACCAGCGGUCUCGACUCGCAAAGUUCUUGGACGAUCUGCACCUUUCUCCGAAAGUUGGUCGACAACGGACAGGCCAUUCUGGCAACAAUCCACCAGCCCAGCGCCUUGCUCUUCCAGACCUUUGAUCGGCUUCUCUUUCUCGCCAAGGGCGGCCGCACAGUCUACUUUGGCGAUAUUGGGCCACAGUCCACGAUUCUGCGUGAAUACUUCGUACGCUGCGGUGCCCGGCCGUGUGGUGAUGGCGAGAACCCCGCUGAAUACAUUCUAUCCAUGGUCUCUGGUGACGGUGCAGAGGGAAUUGACUUUGUCCAGUGCUGGAACAACAGCCUCGAGCACACAGAGGUGCUGGCCGAGCUGGGCCGUCUGCACCGGCUCGCUGACAGGCCCGACGACGGUGAUAAUUCCGCGCAGAAGAACUUGGAGGGCGAGUUUGCGCAGCCGUUCUUUGCUCAAUUCCGGCACGUUAUCGUGCGUGCCUUCCAGCAGUACUACCGCCAGCCUGGCUAUAUUUACUCCAAGUUCCUGCUGGGUGUUGUGACGAGUCUUUUCAUCGGUUUCUCCUUUUGGAAAACGAACUUCUCCAUUCAGGGCUUUCAAAACUCACUCUUCAGCAUCUUCUUGCUCUGUACAAUCUUUUCGACUCUCGUCAACCAGAUAAUGCCAAAAUUCGUCGUGCAGCGGUCUCUGUACGAGGUCCGCGAGAAGCCGUCCCGGGUCUAUUCUUGGCAAGUGUUUGUGCUGUCCCGCAUCGUCGUUGAGAUCCCGUGGCAGAUCCUGGUUGGUGUUUGCUGCUAUGCAUCGUUCUACUAUCCCGUUUUCGGCGUCAGCACCCCGUCUGAAAGCCAGGGCCUAGUGUUGCUAUACGGUUAG